AAGAUUGGGCCAAGAUAUCUCACAUUCCUUGCAUCAAGAUAGGCAACGAAGUGAUCAUAUAAUAUGAGCUAUUCCAUAUUUCACGCUCAACCCUCAACUCUCAAAUCAAAGUCAGGACGACAUACCUUCUCUUGGCCCUUGGGGAGCUUUUCAAAAUUUGCAAGGUUUCUUUAUGUGGCAUUUCCAGAGGAGGGUCACAGGGCGGAGAAACAGAAAAGAUUUACCUGGAAUAUCUCAUACAUUCCUGCAUAUAGGCAUCAAAUGUACACCAUUUUUAGAAGCCUACUUUUGCCAGAGUCAGUAGAUGCCAGAAUGAAGUCAUUGCCUAAACACAUUGGCACCCUCACAGCCUUCGACAUUUUGGGAUAUAUGAUCUUCAAAAUCUUGUGUCAUUUGCCUCCCAAGCUGCAAUAUUUUCAUAUUUUAAAUUGUGACAGACUGAGCCCUUUGGUGGGAGAUUACUGGGGUUUGCAAGGACUUGGUGGCAAUAUCUUGUGGACGUUUCUCAAGGAACAGCUGCUCAAUACCACUCUUCGCACUCUAUAUAUUAUGGCCUGUCAGUCUAUAAUUCCUGCCAGGAGAGGAACUUGAACGCCUCUCUUCACUGCAAAGGCUACA